UGUGUGUUCGCCCCACUGUCAGUCUUCCAAACUGGGCGCUUGUUUUCUGUCCCACCGGAGAAAGGAGCGAUCAGCUUUACAUUAUUGAAAGACCACAUUCAAGCUGUGAAACAAUGCCUUCUGAUUGACAUCAACAGCAGUAACUGUCCAUCAUGAACAGCGAGGAAGAGUUCUAUGAUGCUGAGACAGGAUUGGAAUCGGACGACUCAUGUGAAGUCAGCUUUAAAGAUGCCUGCGUUUAUGCUAGCAAACAGACGGCGAAUGGCAAAGUGCCAUCUGAGAAUGGAGUAUGGGAGAGGCGAACUACUCUGCCAGCGCCAAUGUUCUCCCGAAAUGACUUCAGUGUUUGGGGUUUUCUGAAGAAAUGCAUUGGAAUGGAGCUGUCCAAGAUAACAAUGCCUAUUGUUUUCAACGAACCGCUGAGCUUCUUGCAGAGGAUUACAGAGUACAUGGAACACACAUACCUCAUCCAUAAAGCUUGUACACUUUCUGACUCAAUAGAGCGAAUGCAGUUUGUUGCUGCGUUUGCGGUUUCUGCUGUUGCAUCUCAAUGGGACAGAACUGGAAAACCUUUUAACCCUUUAUUAGGAGAGACGUUUGAGCUUACAAGGGAGGAUGAAGGUUAUCGGAUGAUCUCAGAACAAGUGAGCCACCAUCCACCAAUCAGCGCCUUCUACGCGGAGUCACUCAAUCAGGACUUCUCAUUUCACGGCUCCAUCUACCCAAAGCUGAAGUUCUGGGGCAAGAGCGUGGAGGCCGAGCCUAAAGGCACCAUGACACUUGAGCUCUCCAAGCACAGAGAAGCUUACACUUGGACAAACCCUAUGUGCUGUGUGCAUAAUGUUAUUCUGGGUAAACUGUGGAUCGAGCAGUACGGGACUGUGGAGAUUGUAAACCACAGCACUGGGGACAAGUGUGUGCUGAAUUUUAAGCCAUGCGGCAUGUUUGGCAAAGAGCUGCAUCGGGUAGAGGGACAUAUCCAGGACAAGAGCAAAAAGAAGCAUUGGGUUAUGUAUGGGAAGUGGACUGAGUGCAUGUAUAGCAUUGAGCCAAAAGUCUAUGAAGCCAACAAGAAAGCGGAGAAGAAGAGCGGAGGAGAUUCCAAGAAACACAAGCAGGAUCAGGGCACAGGGGGUGAAGAUGCAGAUGAAAUGCCUGACGUCCAGGAGACAGUCACUAUGAUCCCGGGCAGUAAACUGCUGUGGAGAGUUGCACCUCGACCACCACAAUCCACAGAGAUGUAUAAUUUUACCAACUUUGCCAUGACACUAAAUGAGCUAGAGCCUGGCAUGACUGGAGUCCUAGCGCCAACAGACUGUCGCCUGCGGCCGGAUAUUAGAGCGAUGGAGAAUGGUGAUAUAGAUUCUGCAAGUCGAGAGAAAGAGAGACUGGAAGAGAAACAGAGAGCGGCUAGAAGAGAGCGUGCUAAAGAUGAAGAAGACUGGUCUACAAGAUGGUUCCAGCAAGGCAAUAAUCCGUACACCGGAACCGCAGACUGGAUCUACAAAAGUGGUUAUUUCGACAGGCGAUACUCAGAACUUCCAGACAUCUACUGAUUGAGCUGAGAAGACUGAAAGAGGCUUGAGAUUUCAUUCUUUCACUAAAUCCAUAUCAUCUCCUCUCCUUAAGCUCUUAUUUUUCUUUUUGUUUGUCUUUGUUGUAAUGUGAGAUUCAUAUGAACAGUUUUUCGGACAAAGCCUCUCCACCACUUUUACUCUUCACUCGAAUCUGGAAAUUCAGUGCGAAUGGAUUUUAUUUAUUUUGAGAGGUAGGGAAUGCCUUAUUUACUUUCUUUUUUUGGAAUGGAUGUUAGAUUUUGAGUUAAACAUUCUGCGCAGACCUCAAUACGUGUAGAAAUUGCUAGUUUGUUUGUAUGUGCUAACCUACCUUUCCAUGCGUCUCGUUAGUUACACUCAGGUGUUCAUUUAUGGGUACAAGUGGUUAGUGAUGAUGGCACCACUGCAGUGCCAUCUAUGAAGCUCUAUUUUUGUGUGAUUAUUGAAUCGUGCAGCUGCUCGGAACCGAUUAGGAAAGCAUUUUUGUGUUUUUGUUCAGACUAUAGGUGCAGUCACAGUGUAAGUUCAGCAAAAUUUCUCAAGCCAAAACAGUCUGUUAGUCAGCAGUAGUGCUGCAAAGAUUGAAGCACAGAUUACACAGAAGUUGCUCUGUUGAUCAGUGCAGGGAAUUCAUGAGGUAUGUUUACAUGACAUUUUCAACUAAAAUUGGGAGUGUAUGUAUUGGAAAUUUUGCCAUUAUCAUCUCUUUUUAAAUUCUGAAAAUGACUAUAUGACUGAAAAUUUUAACUGAAAUUAAUUGAAGUCUUUACAUGGAUUUCGUUUACAAACAUUUUAGUUUAUAGUUGAUUAUAAAAUGGUAAUUUAUAGUAUCUCAUAGUUAUUAAGUUUGUACUGUAAAUAUAAUCAACUAUUAAAGGCAGGACAUCGUUUUCUAUUGAAAGGGCACAUUGCUUUUCUUUGUGAGAUUAAAAUAAUUGAAGGAAAUAACUAUUUAUGGUUACUUGUUGAAUAUUUCAAAUACCUGAAAUCAAAAGCACACAUUGCUUGAAAUGGGCUAUAUGCACAGUUAGUGUUUUUCAGCCAAUUAUGAACUUCUGGCGAAAGCUUUAUGUGAUUAUUUUCAAUUUCAUAAGGUUCUUUUAGAACAUCGACGUUGUAAUGUAAUUCAAAUAUAUUCAGUUAAAUAGACUUAAGCAUCCAUUUGGUUAAAGCGUAAAGAGACGAAAGACCGUUUAAACGCAGGCGCCGUCAUUAGCGGCUGGCUAGCGCAGAAAUUCCAUUGAAAAUACUGGGGUAAAAUUAAUUUCCAUAUUUUAAGACAUGGUGUGGAAAAAUAUAAUUUAAUGCAGUGCUUCUUGAUUGGUUUGAUAGCCACUUUAUAUUGCAUCUCAGCCAGGCAGUGAAGAUCGCAGUUUUUUUUUUAAAAGAAAAUAGAUCUUAAAUGCAGCAAUUUUUGUAUGGAAUGACAAUUAACCAGAAGCCCUGAGGAUGGACUGAAUUUAAAAGUUUGUGUGCAUAUACCUCAUUAAGACAUCUUGUGAAAAAUUACAGUUUUAUUCUAAAAAGCAAGAUAUAAAAUAACAAAUUUUUGUAAACAAAAGUGGAAUAUAACCAGCAAACAAAAUGACAUUUUAAAUAAUCAAUAAACAUUUUAAAAUGUGUAAAGUAGAAAACAACUUGCAUCUCCUAUAAUUGAAUAUUAUUUAAAUAAUGUGAUGCGAAAGUAGAAAAUAAUAGCUAGCAUCUCCUGUAAACAAAUGUUUUAUUUAUGUGCGUGUGCUGUUCAUUUAAUAAAAAGCUUCUACUAGUACUUGCCUACUACUGAUUAUCUGUCAGGCUUCUGAAAAUUCAUUCUUCAUCCACUCGAAACGGAUUUGCUAAAGUGUAAGUGCAGAUGUUAAAGUCAAAAUGAAAUCAAAAAUGUAAUCGUUAGUUUGCUGUGAGUAAAAAAAUGGGAGGAGCUCAAAAAUAAAACCGCGCCCCCUACUCAAUAUUCAGUUGGAAAAACGUCAACAUACUGAAAAGUCUGCCACAACAUCCGGUUCAUGCCGACUUUAGGAUAUACUUUUACUGCAAAUUGUUGCUAUUUAGACCAAAUACAGAAGAAUCUGGCUAAGGAUAAAGGAUAUGAAUUACAUGUAGAGUUUAAGUUUGGUGCUUUAGAUUUGCUCUGCAGUCACUGACAUGAAUGGAAAAUAAAAGAAAGAAAACUAAUUACUGACAUGAUUAACUAAAUGAACAAUAAGACGAACUAAAAAACAAAACAAAAAGUAACCUACUCAGGGAAAUUAAGUCAGUAUUGGGUUCUGAAUUUCAGUUUCGAUUUCUUUCUGAUUGAUCAUCCAGCCCUAUAAAUGGUCAUGUCGUGUUCAGUCUGUAGGCAUGUGGACAUUGACAUCCAAAACAGCAAUGGUGGCCUACAGGACCUCAUGUCUAAUGUUCAUUUACAAAGUGACAUCACCACCUACUGGCCUGGAAUGCAUAACACAUUGUAUACCAUUCACUUAAGCCGCCUUUCCACUGGACACGACUGUCAGAACAUGUGCAAAACGUGUGAAAAGGUGGGAAUUUUCAAUAUGCAUAUAAAUAUUAAUAAUUUAAUUGUUUAUGAAUCAGACUCACGGUGUAGCCAAAAUCCCAUACUGUCUGGGGGACUAGGGGAAUAGGCAAGACUAGUAUGUAGUAGUCCCAAGACCUACUUUGUUUUUAAAUAAUAUUUUAUUUUAAAACUAAACUAUACACUGAUAGAACUAUAUAUAGAUGCCAUCUUGUGGUCAGAUACGGAAAUUCAUUCAGCAUGGGAACUGUUUUGGGAUUUUUUUAGAUGUUGAGUGUACAUGGGGACUCGUUUUGCUCUGCAUUGUGGGCACUUCAUGACAUCCACUAUGGAUUCGGACACCACUUAAAAUGGCUGCAGUGUUUGAUUUCAGACAUAGCACCAGUGUUUUAAUCAGGGAUUGUUUUGAUAACAGGGAGUACGUUUACAUGGACACCAAUACUCAGAUUUGAAUACGAUUAAGACAAUACUCUGAUUAAGAGUCUACCAUGUGAACAGCGAUCUUUGAUGAAUUUAAUCCAAUUAAGGUCGUAUUCAAACUAAUCAGAAAUGCAAUUAAGACAUAUGGAGUAUGACGAUUAUAGUCGCUUUACUGAAGUGCUAUAAAGACAUGUAAACACCGCAAUGAAAAUAUUACUAUUGUGUAAGAUUUUUGCCGCAUUUUGUGACAGUGUAGUCUAUACACUCACGGCUGUUUGACACUAUUCUCUGCACCUACUGAGUCAGUGAAGACCACAGACAACUGAAUCAUGAAAUGUGGAUGUCCCACUUCCCAAACAGCAUGCAGUAUCAAACUCCAUUGAAACAACACUUCCAGCAGUUCAUAAUCGCAUCCAAUAUCUUGUUUGUCACGGGGGCAUGCAUGAAAUGUUCCUCAAUGAAAGUGAAAGUGCCAAACUGCAGUUAAAGUCGACAAAUUAAAAAUGAAACACUCGUAAAAACAUGAAACCCUGCAGGAAAUGUGGAUAGCAUGUUAAUGCAAUGACGUUAAACGAAUUAUAUGCUAUAACAUAAAACGGGAUCAUGAAAGGAACAUUCAAAAAGCAACUCAUGAAAACGCCUUAAUCAUAUUAUUGUCUUAUUCAGAUUAAAGCAAAUAAUUCAACUAUUAAUGUCCAUGUAAACGUAGUCACUGUCGAUAAUAUGCUCGAUUUUUUCCAAAAGUGCAAAACAUUUCCAUAUUUAGUACUCGGUUGUCAUGUAAACAUACCAUUGAACACAAAUUAAAAUUCAAGACUGCAUAUAUUCAUAAUUAAAUGACUGAAUUUAGCCUGCAGGAAUCUGCUGAACAGAGCUAAUGUGACGCACCUUGAUGCAAUUUUAUCAUCUCCGUCUCCCUGAUCUCAGAAAAUGUGACUUCUAUUUUAGUAUGCAUGAUGAUGUACAGUAUAGUUCAUAGCUAAGCAUUCUGCCAGAUUCAGAGUAUCUAAGAAGGACAGAAAAUUCUUUUUUUUUUUUUUCAAAUCAUCCCACCUACGUUGUGAAAUGGCGGUUAUAUCUCAUUGUUAAGACUUUUUUGUUGUUUUAUAAACCAUCUCCAUGGUAAAGCGGAUUUUCUUUAAAAUGCUAAUAUUCUCAGUAGUUUAGAAUUAUUAGAAAUCUGUUGUUGUUUUUUUUGUUUGUUAUUUGACAGACUAAAAUGAAAGCUGCUUCUAAAAAAAAAAAUGUUUACUCGGUAAAAAAAAAAAAAAAGUUAAUACAGCUCAUUUAAAAAUUACAUUCUGUCAUCAAUAUUUUGAAUGGGUUUAUGAUUGCCAAAGCGAUUUUUCACCUCUACAAACUAAAGCCAUAUACUUAGUCAGGACUGCAAUGUUGUGCGAUACAUGGUGAUGAAUGAAGUGGAGAUGGGUGCUAAUCUCUUACUUUUUAUUUCAGCACUUAAUGGCUCACGAAUGUGAAGGUGCUUCACCUUUGCCCACAUAUAUACUGUAUAUACACACACACACACACUCACAUGUACCAAAAGUGCUCAGAAUGUGCUUCACCGCUUUUACGUGUUUGUGUUUUUGCCAUACAGCAACUACAAUUCUCUCCACACACACAAGUCAUAGACAAGAUGACCUCAGAGGAAUGUGAAAGACAGCGUGUCUUUAAUUUCGAAAACAAUACUGUGAUUUUUAACACUCACAACCCUCAGAAGCUAUGCAAAUACUGAUGGGAAUGUCUAUGUCUGUCUAUGAAUGAACAUGUGAAUAAGCUUCAUUGUUUGUGUCAAAUACUUACAAAGGUGUCAAGCGUGCUAGUACUUUUACAGAUUUACAGUUUUGCACGGCCGAUGAGUUGUUUUGAUGGAGACACAGGUGUGUGUAAACGCAGUGAUUUAAUAUACCACCGUCAUCUAAAUAUUAGAAAUGUCAUCGUCCACACUUAACAGGAGCUCAUCAUCUAUUGUGUAGCACAAGAGUAUUUAUCUUUAAUAUGUUACAUGUAGUGCGUACAAUUCCAACAGCCACUUUAAAGGAAAGCGUUAACAACUAUUUAUGGUGACUCUUUAUAAUGACUGCGCACUAUGAAUCCUUUAUUAAGCGUUUGCAAAAUAGUCAUCAUUUGUUAAGCAGUAAGUCUAGAUUAAUAGACGUUAGUAAGCAGUUUGUAAAUACAGCUACUGUAAUCUUGGCUUUUUUAUAAACAUGUAUGGGUAAUGUAAUAUAUAUUUAUACAACAGUUCUGUCUGGUUCUUGAAUACGAUUGGCUGAUAGCUGUGCUAUAUUCUACCAGUAACAGCACUCGUACCGCCUCUUCACCCCUUGUGAAUUACUCUGCCCAGCAACUAGCAGAGGACACUCUACAGUUUGACAAGUAUUGCAGCUGUUAGGCAACAUCAUGUACUUUUGAGGCUUUUUAAUGGAGAAUGGAGUUGUUUAGAUUGCAACUAUGCAGUUU